AUGAAGACUGCCGGUUUAGUUGCGGCCACCCUGGCCUUGAUGCAAAGCGCAUCCGCCCAUUACAUCUUCCAGCAGCUGACAGUUGGUUCAACAAAGUAUCCGGUGUUCCAGUACAUUCGACAGAACUCCAACUAUAACUCUCCUGUUACUGAUCUGGCCUCCAACGACUUGCGGUGCAAUGUCGGCGCAUCGGGAACCAAUACCCAAACAGUUUCCGUUAAGGCUGGCAAUUCCAUCACCUUCACCCUCGACACAGCUGUCUAUCAUCAGGGACCCAUCUCUGUAUACAUGUCCAAAGCCCCUGGGUCUGCUUCGGCCUACGACGGUAGCGGUACUUGGUUCAAGAUCAAGGACUACGGUCCCAGUUUCAACGGUGGAUCUUCAAGCUGGCCUAUGACUCUCAGCUAUACUUUUAACCUCCCCGUUUGUAUCCCUAACGGCGAGUACCUCUUGCGCAUUCAGAGCAUGGGUAUCCACAACCCUUACCCAGCGGGUCUCCCUCAGUUCUACAUCAGCUGUGCUCAGAUCAACCUUAAUGGCGGUGGCAGCACUGUUCCUGGUUCCCAAGUCAAGAUUCCCGGUGCCUUCAAGGAGACAGACCCAGGAUAUACGGCCAAUAUCUAUUCCAACUUCAACAGCUACACCAUUCCUGGCCCUUCAGUGUUCUCUUGCAACGGUGCUGGUGGAGGUGACAAUAGUGGUACACCCCCUGUUACCACCCUCCAGACUACCACACAGCCGUCUGCUCAACCCACUCAACCUGGACAGUGUGCUUCUCUCUGGGCCCAAUGUGGCGGACAGGGCUGGACAGGCCCUAAGUGCUGUGCUACUGGAACUUGCAAAGCGACAAACGACUUUUAUGCUCAAUGUGUUCAGUAA